CUGAUGAAGUCUGCUCAGUCGCUCGCGGAGCUCAUCGAUCGCGUCUCGCGCAGUUGCAGCGUCAUCGUGGGCUGCUGUUUGAAUGAAGUUCAGAGACGCUCAAAUCUUCCGCACCCCGACUUAAACCCGGCCUUUGGAGUCGAAUAGAAGACAAGACAAGAGAAAGAUGCCCGUAUUUACAAUGAAUGUGAAAUGGGGGAAGGAGAAGUUUGAUGCGGUGGAGCUGAACACGGAGGAGCCUCCCAUGGUGUUCAAAGCCCAGCUCUUCGCUCUUACAGGGGUUCAGCCAGAGAGACAGAAAGUCAUGGUGAAAGGAGGAACGCUGAAGGAUGACGAGUGGGGCAACAUCAAGUUGAAAAAUGGGAUGACUCUUCUGAUGAUGGGCUCUGCGGACGCUCUUCCUGAAGAGCCUGUAGUGCGGCCCAUGUUUGUGGAGGACAUGACGGAGGAGCAGCUUGCAUCCGCGAUGGAGUUGCCGUGUGGAUUGACAAAUCUGGGCAACACAUGCUACAUGAACGCAACAGUGCAGUGUCUCCGCUCUGUGCCUGAGCUCAAAGAUGCUCUCAGGAGGUACUCUGGUGCCUUGCGGUCCUCUGGAGCCAAUGCACCUUCUCAGUACAUCACAGCAGCUAUGCGUGAUUUGUACGAGUCCAUGGAUAAGACCUCGUCAAGCAUUCCUCCCAUCAUCCUGCUGCAGUUCCUGCACUUGGCCUUCCCACAGUUCGCCGAAAAAGGAGACCAGGGCCAGUACCUCCAGCAGGAUGCCAACGAGUGCUGGCUUCAGAUCAUGCGGGUCCUUCAGCAGAAAUUAGAACCUCAAGAACCAGAAACCCCAAUGGAGACUGACAGUGAUAGUGGAGCCGCUGCCGCCGCAAAAAAGAAGAAUUUCAUCGAUCAGUAUUUUGGUGUUGAAUUUGAAACUACUAUGAAGUGCACUGAGUCAGAGGAUGAGGAUCCGACUAAAGGCACAGAGAGCCAGCUGCAGCUUAGCUGCUUCAUCAAUCAGGAAGUCAAAUAUCUCGCCACUGGACUCCGAUUGAGGCUACAGGAGGACAUUACAAAGUUAUCCCCAUCCUUGAAAAGAAAUGCCCUCUAUCUCAAAUCGUCCAAAAUCAGCCGUCUCCCAGCAUACCUCACGGUUCAGAUGGUCCGGUUCUUUUACAAAGAGAAAGAGUCAGUGAAUGCCAAAGUCCUUAAGGAUGUCAAAUUUCCUCUUAUGCUGGACGUCUAUGAGCUGUGCACUGCUGAACUGCAGGAGAAGAUGGUUUCUGUGAGGUCAAAGUUCAAGGUGGUUGAAGACAAGAAGCUGGAGAUGCAGCAGCAGCAGCAGCCCAAAGCAAGUAAUCUAAAGGUUGGGGCUCCGAAGGAAACAAAAUACGAACCAUUCUGUUUUUCUGAAGACUUGGGCUCUAACAACAGUGGUUACUACGAACUGCAAGCGGUUUUGACGCAUCAGGGCCGAUCCAGUUCAUCUGGCCACUACGUCAGCUGGGUUAAAAGGAAAGAAGAUGAAUGGGUGAAGUUUGAUGACGAUAAGGUCAGUGUUGUGACCCCUGAGGACAUCUUGAAGCUGUCUGGUGGUGGUGACUGGCAUAUAGCAUACGUCCUUCUGUAUGGCCCUCGGCGUCUGGAGAUACUGGAGUAACCGCGGUUCACAGAGGAGACUUGAAACAUAAUUGCCAUUUCAGAGCACUGUCUGUAUAGAUGUGCAAAUAAAUUUUGGUGUCUUUAAAAACAUGACCUUAAUAUUUACUGAACUCUUCAUGCAUCAUCACACAAGCGGCAUGUUAAAGGGUUUUUUUUUUUGUAUCCCUUUUUUGGAUGAUAGAUUGCUUGACGCGAUCCUUGUUUGGAUUUGGAGCAGUGGUUUUAUAAAUGUUUUCUAUAUGCAUUUAAUAUUUUUUAAGCCUUGUGAAAAGGCAUUCAUGCUCAAUAGACAGUAUCCCACCGCGGGAGAAGUAGUGACUUGAUUUACAAAGAUGUUCAGACUUACAAAUGCAUCAAGACGUAAGAUUCUGGGAUCUCAUAAGAAACGCAAAUUGUUUACAAUGUUAUGUUGUGCGCGUGUGUGAAUUUCAUAUCUAAGCACGUCUUUAUGCUCAAUUACUGCUUGUCACUGUAAACUCAUCUGUCUUUAAAUACUCGAAUACAAUCAGAGUAAGAGAACUUGAGCUCUGUAAUAUGUUAUUGACUACUGGCUCUUCUGAAACGGUGAAAUAAACAUGCAAUUGACA